AUGGCGUCGCUACGGUCUAUCAUCGACCAUGCGGUGCUUCCUCCCAAGACGCCAGGGGCCAAGGAAGAUAACUACGACGCGAUCUCGGGCGAGUUUCUGAAGAGGCUUCUGAACGCUUGCGAGAAGCUGAGGCAUCUGGCUGGCCCGCCGCUCGCAGAUGCCCUUCACUCUUUGAGCGAAUCACUCCGAGCAUGCAGAGCUCUGAACAGAGGACAACUCGAUAAAAAAGCGCUGCUGAAACACUUCAGCCUGCUCAAACCGGACCUGACUCUCGUUUGCUAUGUUGUCGAGCAGAACGCCGCAGUCCUCAUCCGACGCGAGAUCGACGAAAGCAAAGAAGACUUCGUCGUUUUUGAGAUUUUUGAAGUCUCUCCAAUGACUGAGCAUGUGCUGGCUGCAAAUAAUGCACUCACAUGGGACUUUCCAGGCCGUGCUGUGCGUUUAAGGUCGGCCGAAUUCAACAACAAGAAGUUUCAGGAAAAUCUGGCUGCAUUUCUUGAACAGGCGAGCAUGGAAGCCAUCCAUCAUGUGCAAGCUCGGGCCAAAAAAGCACGGGUUUCGGUCGCAGAGAUUCGAGAUACUCCCGAUCCGGCACUGAUCUCACAGAUGCUUUUGGGCCUCCUCGAGGCCAUCGGUGAAUCUGCACCUGUUCCCAAGCUCAGGAAGAGAGUCAGAGACGAUGUCAACUUCGCGACAAACGGCUUGUUGCCAUGGCGGCGACUUCCUUUUUGGCUAGUACUACGAGUGGCAGCUCAAAGACAUCUUCAUCUUUCCCUGGGAAAAUCAGGAAGAGCAUGCUACAAACUGCUGAUGUGCAUCUUCUUUUCCGAACUGCUCGAUGACGCUUCAGCGGAACUUUCAUCCUUCGCCGGACCUGAACGUCUUGAGCCUGAUGUGGUCAUUACCCUUCGAGCCAAACUAUGCCGUCGAAUGAUAAAACUCGAAAAGGAGAAGGUUAACGUGUCAUCGACAUACAAGCAGAGUUUCGACGCAGUCUUCUGCAGCACCGUUCCACAUAUUGAAGAAUCGAUCCGGCAAGCGAGCAAUAAUGUCCAAAAGGUUUGGGAGGACUUCAAGUCAAAGACGAUGCGCCGUGUCCUGAGGCUACGACCACGUGCCUCAGAUGACUCUGUACGGCUAUCACUUACGAAUAGUCGUAGCCAUCUCGACCAGCUCUUGGCAAGAUACUACGUUCCUUCUGCCAACCCUGGCGACACGUCGCUGGACCUUCCCGACCCUUUGGACAAGCCGCUUCAAGAAAAACUCGCCUUCACCAACAAGAUAUCAAAUCUGGUCCAAUUGGAAUUGAACAUCGAAAGAGAUGCACAGAAGAAGCCACUUACUCCGCAGAAAGCGAAAGCUCGCUGCCAGGAGCUCGCCAGUAGCAUCCACGACUAUCUCAGCCAAGUGGGCGACCUUUACAACAGGGAUCCUGCUCAGCAAAGCAUCAAAAUCCUCUCCAUCUUUGAGCUCUGGAUGCGGAUGGAUGAGUGCGCCAUCGCUUGCUGCCCACUGUUGCGUAACUAUAGGCCCAUCUUCGAUCCUCGACUGUUGGACGUACUGCAGUUGCCUACUCUGGCGGGCAUGCGACGGCUACAGGCUAUCCAGGCAUACUUGGCACAACGUCGGGAGAAUGCCAGACAUCCUCACUUUUUGCACAACCGGACGGAAGGCAGCUUUCCCGUAGAGUAUGCGCGCCAGGACGUAGUUAUGGGGCAGCUAAUGGUCAACAUCCAAGAGGCUUCGGAUGUAGACCGUGCUGUCAAGGAGGCGACUUGGGAAGAGGAAACCCGUCAGUACAAAGAAUACACCGAGAAAAUCAACAGCUUGGAGUGCUUAUGCACAUUCAAUGGCGAAGUUCGCGAUGUCUCGAACUGCGCGAGAUGUCUAUACUGGCGCCGCCGAAAGCGGCUGACCGUCCAAGUUCACGAGGAUUUCCUUCCCAUCGACGACUCCAAACGGCAAUCGAUCGUUUUUGAGCUCGCUGUCCCAACAUACCUGUCGGCCUACCGGAAUACGACUUGGGAAAUCCUGCGCGAUCUGGCCCAUCCAACUCGGCAGUCUUCGGCUUCACCUCAAACGAAGCUUCAUAAGUGCCCCCAGCUUCAGGGCUUCAUGACAGCAGACAGCAGCUGCCUUUCUUUUGCAUCGAUCAAAAAGUGCUUCACCCAGACCCAUUACAGCUUCAAUAGUGGCUUGGUUCCUCUAUCGAAGAUCCUUUUGCCGUUUGCCGCCGACUUUGAUCUCUACGAUCAUAGUGCCAAAGUCUGGGUGGCAGAUCUCAACAAGCAUCUGACUCUGCAGCAUCUUUGCGGAGUGCAUAUUCCACGGGGCCUCUUCGCUACCGUGAUGAAGUCCCAAAGCCAUUCAGCCACGGAUAUCGACGGCCCAUCAUCUCACCAGAUCCAAGCGAAUCUCACGAAAUGUCCCCCAAAUAUGUCUGCGGCUGAAUUUUCCACAUACCAAAAGCUUCUUGCUGGUAAACAGCGUCGGUGGUUGAACAUUCUUGUUGAGUUAGGGUCUUCAAAUCUCAACUUCAGCAACGAAGAUACCACCAUGUUACUGUCCCAGUUGGCCGUCCAGGCUGGUCCCUGCCUCGAGAAGGAAACCGGGGUCCUCCGAUCCGUUCAUGCAGUUAUGGGAGAGCAAGAAUUUGUCAUUGGCCUAAGAGAGCAGAUCGAGAAUAGGCUGACGUCCAUUCGAAACAACUGGAGGGAAUCAAACUGCAUGGAGCUGCUGAUCAACUUGUCUCUGCGAAUGUUUUCUCUACUGCCCGGCAGUCAAAUGCGCUGUCAUUCCAAGCAUCUACUCAGCACAGCUCGAGUGGCCACCUUGGCUUGGAUUUCACAGCUACAGAUGGAGUCUAGAAAGACGCAGGAUGGAGUGGUGGCGAGUCGUAUUUCCUUGUACGGUCUCAAAGCAGCCUUACUGUGUCGCCGAACCUUUGAAGCACACAUCGAGUCCAAGGCACAACUGACGUCCUCAGAGCUUUCUGCCUGGGUCAAAGCGUCGGUAGCACUGCAAGAAAACCUGACAUUUGGCAUCAGCGGCAUGCCCACGAUGUUAAGAAGCAUGAUGAUCCGGGAUGCCAAGAUGGCUUGCCACCUGGAGAACGCGCUUCAUGAGGCUGUUCAAGUGCAUUCGAAUGUUCUGGAGGAGGCCCUUGGACUGACUGGACAAUGUCCGACGAAGGACCAAGCCCCAACUCAUUCCCCUUGGACAAGGCUUUCGAAUUCCCAAUGGAUAGUUUGUACCAAACUUGAGCCAUUUGGACGCUCGCAAGUAUUUCACCUGAAUGUCCUGGACGGACAUUUCUUAGUGAAUGGAAAGCCGCGAGGAAGUCUUCCCAUGGAAAUGCGCAAUCAUCCAGCUGUUCGAUCUCUCUUCGGAAAUCGCCAUCUAUCUGUGUAUCCUUCAGUCAUUCCUCAUAUGACACAUCAGCUUGCCGAAUAUGUUGAGGGUUACGCUAUUCAUUUUGGCAUGCGCGGCUCUCAGAUCACCAUUCGGGCUAUUACAGUCACCGGCGACCAGUUUGAGCUCCUUCGCCCUGAGAUAUUUUUAAGGGUUGCGGACGGCUCAUUCGACUUACCUGCAAGCCUAGUAGACAACUGUUUUCACUGGCUGAAUCUUAAGACGAGAGUCGUCCAAGUCCGCCGGCGACCGUGGACUUGGCAGCCGCAGGAUUGGCUCAUUGAUCUACAACGCCAAUCCGCAACUCGUGGUGGCCGCGAUGACGUGAUACUGGUAGAUCCAAAGUCUCCGGAAUUCAAGCAGAUAUCAAGAGUCUUUGAGCACUUUGAAACGCCACGAAACUUGACCGUCUUUCAAACUCGGUCUCCUACAGGAAGACUGUCAGUUGAGCUUCAUCACCUAGACCUGUCAUUCCACGUCAACAAGAUCGGCUUGCUUUAUAGCCGUGAACUCAAAGCUUCCAUUGACUUGAACCAGGAUAUCGGUACAUGGUAUGGGCUUGCCAGCAAAAUUGUGCUGCGGGCUUCUGCUGAUAAGGACAAGAGGAGUGUCAUCAUACCUAUCGGAGAUAUGACCUGGAGUCGCCAUGAUAUCCACGUGUCUGUGAAGUUGAGCACUUCCAAAGGGUAUUCUCGAUUCGAGAUUGAUGAUUGUGUCGGUCGACUUAUAGCACCACCAGAGCGCCGCUUACUCUUUCUGAAAGCCACGUGCCAUGCUGCGACGUCUUUCUGUUUGCCAGAUCCUCUGACAGGCCACACCGGCACUGAAGAAGCACUCCGAAUCCUCAACUCAGGUGCCGCUCAACCUUGGGCUCCAUUUGCCCCAACUGACCUGCAAAUGCUGACCAGUCUCCUCCCUCGGCGGGAAUACUACCCUCAAACCAUCAAACGCUUGCAAAAGGUGGCUUGGGAUUCUUCUCUGACGACAACCAUCCAGAGUGAUUGCUUCGAAAGGAUUAUUAGGUCCAUUGAAACGAGAGUCAACCGACUGGCGAAGUUCUCUUCAUCCGAAACAGAAUACGUGAACUCUGUCGGAGGAUUCUCUCAGCUUCGCUAUCGAUCGCAAGUUCGACGGCAGCUCUACGAGCGUCCCACCCAGAAUACCGCAGACCUGAUCCAGACUGACUACACUUAUCCAGCUCGUGAUAAGCGGUCAACUCCAAGGGGCGACAGAGUCUACCACAUCAUCAAGCUUCUUCGUGCGUCUGAGCCACGCAUAAACAUGAGCAACGACCUCAUGAAAAUCCUCGAGACCUGGGAUUCUAUAGACGGCUUUAGUGAGGGCCUCCCUUCACGGAGCGUACAGCCCCUUGCUAGCCAGCUCGAAGAUUCAGUCAGUUCGCGCUGGGGAAGCUUGGUCAGCAUGUGCCGUAACACAAAGGAUUCAUCUUUGUGGGCUUUUCAGCUAGGUCUACUGGCUUUCAACCUCGAAGUUGACAUGGACCUUGUAAUGUCUUUUGUCGGAUUCUGUCGCAUAAAGCAGAUCAACCAACUGGAACCUCCGCCGCACGCUACAUUCUCACGCUUCAAGGAUCGUGGUCCAAUCUCAGCCGACACUCUUCAAGAACUCAUCUCCAAUGCUUAUAUACCUGCGCAAAACGUCAAAAGGAGCAAGGGGAGGGCGUAUGCAGACAGUGAACGCCACCAGAAAAACUGCGAAGAACAAGGCAAACAGCUCACUCAACUUCUAUUGGCUCAGUGGCCUCAACUUCCAGAUCAUGCCAGCUUCACCACCAAUGACUUGUCUCUCAUCGACGUGGAUCUUGCUUUAGACUAUAUCGAGCCGGAGUGGGACCGCAGGUGCCAUAACGACGAGUUGUGUGCUUAUAUCGCCAAAGUUGAUGCGAUUUUGCGUGGAUAUCGGGGGCUUCAAGUCACAGAACGCCCUCAGCCUCCCAUGUCAAGUGCCUCUCAAUUUGUUACCAGAGCGGACGAGCGCAUAAUCCCAUCGGUGUCGCAAGAUCUUGUGAUUAAGACAUGUCCACCGCUCGAAAUUUUCAAGAUUGAUCUCUCUGCCAAAGCGUAUGAGGAGAGGAGUUCGGUCCGUGAAGACCAAAGAGAACAGGAGGGGUCGUCAAAGGAGAUUGUAGAGUUGGAAGGGAUUCUCACCUCUUUUGCUCGGUCACCUGAUGCCCUUCGGAAUAGCUAUAGCCAAGAUUUGUUGAGCAGCUUGGCGGCUUUCAAAAGGAGCCAUGGAGGACCAGGCAGUGGCUCAAAUUGGUCGAAUCCCUCUGCGGAAACUAUUGCGGAAACUGUUGCGGACGCCAUUCAGAGCAUGAAAUUAGUAGCAAGCUUCUACAACGACUCCAUCCAAGACGCACUUUGGGCAGGCGACUCUAGCUUUAAGUGGCUCAAGAUGGGUAACCUUUUGCCAUGCUCAACUACCGUAGAGAUGCUUGAGCUCCUACAGUCCAAGGCCGAUCACCAGUUUGGGCCUGGAAUGAAGAAUGCACUGAUCGUGUAUGGCUGCGCAAUAGCUGAGCUUCAGAGACUACGACGACUGCGGACAGCUGCUCUCCAAAACAACCGACGCGGUAUAGCUGAAGAGCUGCAGAACACUGGCCAUGAGAACUGGAAUCCCGCCGAAGAAAAUCCAGAUUGGCUCCUCCUUGAGAUCGAUAGCAAUAUCCUCAUCCGUGAGGACCAAAUCGAUGUUGCACGGGCCAUUAUUAACCCAGUCUCGGGCGAAAACAGUGUGCUGCAACUGAACAUGGGACGCGGCAAGACCUCGUGCAUCAUGCCCAUGGCGGCAGCUGUGCUGGCCAACGGGAACAAUGUCUCUCGUCUUAUUGUUCCAAAGCCGCUAAUCAUGCAGACAGCGCAGAUGAUGCAUUCAAGGCUGGGUGGCCUCGUUGGUCGAGACAUAUGCCACAUACCAUUCUCUCGACAAACGCCCACUACCGACGACGUACUGGAGGCAUACAGUGAACUGCACAGGGAUAUCCAGAGGUCGCAGGGCUUGAUAUUGACCAGCCAUGAACACGUGCUCUCUUACAGGUUAUCCGGUCUGCAACGGCUCGCAGACAACAAGCUGGCUGAGGCGGGAAGAAUGAUCAAGUUCCAGAACUGGCUAAAUGCGCACUGUCGUGACUUGCUCGACGAAUCGGAUUUCACUCUGUCUCCCAAGACUCAACUGAACUAUCCAAGCGGGGGAGAAAUUGCGGUUGAUGGGCAUCCCUUCCGAUGGCAGGUUGCACAGGGCCUGCUUGCUAUAGCAGCAGAGUACAUUCCGCGGCUAAAGGUUCGCUUUCCUGGAAGCAUCGAAGUGGUUACUCGCUCGUCUUGGUUUCCGUCCGUACAGUUUCUCAAGAGCGACGUCGAAGAUGAGCUUCACCGACUUAUCAUCGAAGAUAUUGCGAGCGGCAGAGCGCCAUUCCUUCACCAAGAUAAGGUGGUCAAUGAUAACACACGAUUGGCAAUCAAGAAAGUGCUGUCUGAAGAAGCGUUCGAUAACAACUUGUUUGAGAAGGCCAGCAAGGCUUUUGCUGACCCAAAGAGCGCGAGGACCAAGCUGCUGGUUGUCAGAGGCCUACUUGUUCACAAAAUCAUGAUACUUUGCCUUGGGAAGAGAUGGAAUGUCCAGUACGGCCUGCACCCGACUCGCUCUCCCGUUGCAGUUCCCUUUGCAGCCAAGGGUGUCCCGUCUGAGCUGUCAGAGUACGGCCAUCCAGAUGUCGCCAUUGUCUUGACAUGUCUGAGUUUUUAUUCCGCUGGUCUCUCUUAUGAUCAGCUUCGACAGGGAUUGCAGCGUGUGCUAACUUCCGAGGAUGCGGCUUUGGAAUAUGAGCGAUGGAUUUCAGAGUCCACUCUGCCCCUGGCAUUGCAGUCCUGGAAUUUGAUCAACGUGGAUGAUGAGAUCCAGAUGCAAGCUCUUUGGCGCCAUCUGGGAAAGAAUAGAGUGGUGACCAACCACUUCAUGAACAACUUUGUUUUCCCGCUCCAUGCCCGGCAGUUCGCCGUAAAGCUUCAGGCUUCGGCGUGGGACGUGCCUCUCAAACUGUCGAGAACGAUUCCCGGUGCGCGGACGACAGGCUUCAGCGGCACCAACGACAACCGAUACAUUCUCCCCAUGACGAUUCGGCAAGAGGAUCUUCCCAGCUUGCUUCAGACGAAUGCCGAGGUUUUGUCGUAUCUGCUGCAGCCCAGGAAUCGGGAAUACACAGUCUUGACUGACCGCAAUAAGCGGCGCCUCGGUGAGUAUGAGAUGCUUCAGAUGCUUUACCGUCAAAAAAUCAAAAUCCUUAUCGAUGCUGGCGCAUAUAUUCUUGAGACGGGAAACAGAGCUGUAGCUGGGAUGUGGUUCUCCAUCGAUCCCCACGCACAGUCAGCUGUUUACUUUCGCGACGACAACAGACCUUGGGUUAUGUUUCGAGAUACAGCAAAAGAGGAUAUGCCCUUGUUAGCAACAAGGCUUGCAGACGAUCUCACGGGAUGCUUCGUCUACUUCGAUGAGGCUCAUACCAGAGGCGUAGACCUGAAGCUACCGGAAGAUGCAAGAGCGGCACUGACUUUGGCACUAAAGCAGACAAAGGAUAAUACUAUGCAAGCGGCCAUGCGCCUGAGGCAGUUGGGCUCUACGCAAGCAGUGACAUUUUUCGCUCCCCCAGAAGUCGACCUGAGCAUCAAAGAGGCCUGCGAGAAGUAUCAUUUGUAUUCAGCAGGGCAGUUGAUCGGGUCUCCCGAGGUCAUCUUUUGGCUUCUUGAACAAACUUGCCGUGCUAAUGAGGACUUGCGACCACUCUUUGUGGCACAGGGCAGGGACUUCUGUCGACGUGAGAACGCCUUGUUACAGUACCCGGAGUUCUUGAACUCGUCGGCAUUGAGGUCGAAGCUUCUCCAGCUGUUAAAGCAGCCAGAACAUCAAACGCUUGCCCAGUUGUACGGAGCAAUGUCGAACAGAGGAUCGUCGCAACCACAUGGUCCGCUGAAGUCUUUGCGACUCCAAAAGUUCGCUGAUACGCUUGGAGGCUAUGCGGACACCGGCUUGUCUUUACUUGAAGUCAUGGGAGAAGUCGAGCAGGAGCGACAAGUGGAGGUGCAGGUUGAAGCAGUCCGCGAGGUAGAGAAGCCCGUUCAGUAUCAACCGCUCAAAUUUGCCGGCCUGAGCGCGGUCAUUCGAAACUUCAUGGAAACUGGAGUGUUAGAGACCAACUUUGCCGAGACUAUCCAUGCUCUCGACUACAUUGGCAAGACCACGGUGGGAAAGAAGUUUGGGAUCCGCAGCAGAGGAACAAGACUCUUUGUUUCACGGGAGUUUUGUCAGACUAUUGUCCUGCCCAAGGCGGACAAGACUGUCGGUGACCAUUUUCUGCGCCCUGUGGAAUGGCUUCUUUGGAGUCCGUCUACCCAGACCGCCCUCGUCGUCAUUCCCGAAGAGGUAGAGCUGCUUAUUCCGGCGCUUCGAUCUUCUCCGACCAAAGCAAAGAUACAUCUGAUCGCCUACGCCGCUCCCAUUACCCGAGCUAUGGUGCCCUUCAAUGAGCUUCGAUAUUACUCAUUCCCGCCAAUUCCGGCAAAUACUUCGUUUCCCGCGUGGCUCAAGGUCGAGCUGGGCAUUUUGGCAGGCCGACUCUACACAGAUUACGAAGAGUGGAAGCUCACGGACGACUAUGUCAGAGGGACACAGGGCAAUAAACCGAUCAGCCUUGCCUUUCUUAUAGAAUGGCUUGGUCUUCGUUGCAGAGCUCAUGACAUCCUUCAUACGCCUAUAGGCUACAUUUGCCUUGGCCGGGAGGCGACUGAGUCCCACCCGUUUUUUGUGCGAAACACUGCUGCAGUUACUCCUGAUGUUACGGCCGCUCAACCCGACGAUGUUGCCGAGAAGUUGAGGGAUGUGAAGCUGGAUGCCUGGAGAUGA